UAGUGCAGGACAACAGUAACUUCAUUGAGUUUAACAGAUUUAAGGUCCAGGUUAAACUGCCUUCUAGUAGUGAGAAAGAAGAAGCCCAACUCCACACUUCUCAGGCUGAUACACAAACCAAGCACCAACUUUGCUCAUUUACAUUCAUCAGAGCAUCCCUCUUGUGGUAUACGUGUUUUAUGUGACUCUGUUGCUCUUACUCUGACUGAGAAACCAGCUUAAUUUCAGCAACAGAUGUAAAACACAACAGAACUGAAUGCUUCUGUUGUCUGACGUCACUGCAGAGAGUUUGGCAGCUCUGCACAGGCCUUUAUAAUCAUGAAACAGACGGAGAGGCAGACAAGCUGCAUGGCCUCAGAUCCGCCCCCUCCUGCCUCCCAAGUACUUCUCCUUAGCAACAGUCAGCUGACCUGCAGUAGAUGUCCAGUGAAGCACACACAUGCACACAGAUCACAGAAUUGUUCGCCUCAGUCGUUCUUUCCUAAACGCAGGCCUCAUGGCUUUGACAAUGAACAUGUCCACAGAGCAGAAGAAACUCACACAGACUCCUCUGCUCAAGAUCUGGGUGCCGUGGAUGGGAUGCAACUUGAACCGCAGGAGGGGAUGUAAGUGAAGUAAAUAAUCACGUUUGGCAUUGCAAUAGAAGCCACUCUGCCCUUUGUUUGUUCUGCCUCUGCUUUAACUCAGUUCUUGGUUCAGCAGAUGAAGUCUGCAUUACCACUUCCUGCAGUUACAGGUUAGUUGCCUGCUGUCUGUAAAUGAAUCCUUUCCCUCUGAUGCUUCUGGACUGAGCUCUGUCCUGUCAGGGAUGCAAGUAGGAAGGCAGCAGUCUGGGAGAGGCAGCCAGGCUGGACCGAAGCAGGUCAGAGUUGGCUCUCUGUUCAGUGUCUGCUGUGCCCUUUGAGCAUUUUGCUGAAGCAGCAUACUCCAUUGAUAAUCGAACAGCCUGGAGGCUGACACACUGUCUGUCCCUGCAUGGACACACAUACCCCCAUCCGGGUACUUGUGGGGGCUCAGCUGACUGGCAAGCAACCCUGUUGUCUGAGUUAUAAAUUACUGGCAUUUUUUAAACCCAGACAGUAAAGCACGCUGAGUCACGACCGGCCUCUGUGCCGCAGUUCUGUAACUCUCCUACAGUGAUUGUGAUGGUUGGAUUACCGGCCAGAGGGAAGACGUACAUCUCCAAGAAGCUAACUCGCUAUCUGAACUGGAUCGGGGUUCCUACAAAAAUGUUUAACGUGGGGCAGUAUCGCAGGGAGGCUGUCAAGAUCUAUAAGAACUUUGAGUUCUUUAAACCUGAUAAUGAGGAGGCCAUGAGGAUCCGCAAGGCCUGUGCAGCAGCUGCACUCAAAGACGUCAGUGCUUACUUCACAAAGGAGCAAGGACAAGUAGCUGUAUUUGAUGCUACCAACACCACGAGGGAGAGGAGGGCGGUCAUUGUUAGCUUGGCAAAGGAGAAAGGCUACAAGGUGUUUUUCGUAGAAUCUAUUUGUGAUGACCCAGAAAUCAUUGCAGAGAACAUCAAGCAAGUAAAAUUUGGGAGUCCGGAUUAUGUGGAUCGUGACAUAGAUGAAGCCAUGGAGGACUUUGUCCAGCGGAUCGAGUGUUACAGGGCAAGCUACAUGCCUAUAGAUGAUGAGAAAGACAGGAAACUCUCCUACAUAAAGAUCUUCGACGUGGGCAGCAGAUACCUGGUGAACCAAAUUCAGGACCACAUUCAAAGUAGAAUCGUCUACUACCUGAUGAACAUCCAUGUCACACCGAGAUCCAUCUACCUGAGCCGCCAUGGAGAGAGCGAACUCAACCUGUUAGGUCGCAUUGGUGGAGAUUCAGGCUUAUCUCCUCGAGGACUAAAGUAUGCCAGUGCCUUGGCAAACUUCAUUAGAAGUCAGGAAAUCACUGACCUGAAGGUGUGGACAAGCCACAUGAAGAGGACCAUUCAGACUGCAGAGACUCUGGGAGUCCAGUAUGAACAGUGGAAGGCUCUCAAUGAGAUAGACGCUGGUGUGUGUGAGGAGCUGACUUACGAAGAGAUUCAGGAGAAUUUCCCAGAAGAAUUCGCACUGAGAGACCAGGACAAGUAUCGUUAUCGUUACCCUAAGGGCGAGUCCUACGAGGACCUUGUCCAUCGUCUCGAGCCGGUCAUCAUGGAGCUGGAGAGGCAGGAAAAUGUCCUGGUUGUCUGCCACCAAGCUGUGAUGCGCUGUCUACUGGCCUACUUCCUUGACAAACCUGCAGAUGAGCUGCCUUAUUUAAGAUGCCCCCUUCACACGGUGCUCAAACUCACUCCGAUAGCCUAUGGGUGCAAAGUCGAGUCAUAUUUCCUCAAUAUUGAAGCUGUCAACACACACAGAGAGCGGCCAGCAAAUGUCAGCAUCAACAGAGACCCAGAUGAAGCUCUGCAGACUGUUCCUGACCACAUCUAAGUAGUGUUUUAUGGGGAAAUGAACUUCAGUCAUGUGAAACUGGAUACGUUGCUACUAAUAAGCUUCGCUGAAUAUUAGAGAUGACUCCAGUGAGAUGCUGAUUGUGUGGAAACAGAAGGCUGGGGAAGCUUCAAAGAAGAAGAAGAGAGAUGGUAGAGAGAUGGUAGAAACAUGAAAACAUCAACACAGAAGCACAUGGAUUUCCCCCCUGCAGUGACUGAAAAGCAUCUAACUUUUAGCUGCUUCUGUCUUCAAGAUGUCUGCGAAAUGUUCCUGUGUUUUAUUCUGACAGUAUGUGGUUUGCUUUUCUUGAAUUGUCCGAAUCGUUUACAGAAAAAAUGCACUGUCUUAAAGUAGAGAAAAGUAUAAAUAUAAAGACGUUUCCACUACAUUCGAGGAUUUCAUGCAUGUGUAAGUACUGUAGAGAUAACAAACUGUGUCGCAGGUGUUUGAGUUGUCGAAUUAGGAAUCAGCACCAAGGACAGCACCAAAACAAACAAAACAUGUUGCAGAUUUGGACACUUUACUGUGACAGUGUGAUGCGGAUUACAUGACAAAGCCCGAGUGAAUUGGACUGGAAGAAUGUAGAGACAGGUGACUAAUUACAGGAAAAAGCAACAUGAAUUUUCUAAGAUGUUGGGCCACAAUGCGCAGCCAGAUUCUAAAAGUGUCUUUACUCUAUUGGAGGGAUGAGGAACAUUCUGUCAACACCCACAGCUGAUUACUUACAAAAAGCACAAGACAUUCUUUUUCUUUUCUUUUUUUGUUACACGUUUUCUUAUAUUUUUUGUAUAAAUAUGCAAAUAUGGUCUUAUAUAUCAAAAUACUUCUACAUUGGCAUCAAUUUCCAGAACAUAUAUCUGACUAUUGGAAGAAACCAGCUUUAUUAUUAUUUUUUUAUGUUGUUGGCAUAUUAGAGCCAAAGGCUGACUCCACAAAUUUUCACAUUGUUUUUCAGAGUAAAAUGUUCUAUAAAUCAAGCUGUGACUGACAUGAACAAUCUCUUCUGUAAAAACCUUCAGCAUAUACAGUAGACAGGAAUAAAAAUGGGAAGUAUGGUGUAAGUGCUGCCAAAGUAGAGAUUUCUGGAUCAGAGUAGGAGGAAAAACUCCUUUAAGGUAAGAUAAGCUGUUAUUAAUCCCACAGUGGGGAAAUUUGCAAUGUCACAACAGCAAAAGGAAAAGUGCAAAAACAUAGAGGCAUCAGUAAGAAAUAAAAAACAAACUUAAAAUAUAGAUUAGUUACACUGUUACAAUACACUACAUAACAAUAGCAAAGAGUGAAACAAGCAUUGGUUGCACAUAUUGCAUAAAGGGAAUAUUGAUAUUGCACAGAGGGUUCUUGAUGUUGCACAGAUUCUUCCGUGUGUAGAAAAUAUUAAUAUUGCACAGAUGUGUUCUGUAAUUAAAUAAACAGAUGGAGUGUAAUAAAUAGUAAAAUAAACAAAUAAUAAAGGUGUAUUUUGGA